AUGGCCAAUAUUUUAAAUGCCUUUAGCCAGGUCAAGCUCUAUGGUGCAUUCAUCAGUCAUAGAGAUGGAGUAAGAAAAUCUGACACAGAGUGGCCUUCUGGAGAUUAUCGGUGUAGGCAGCAGCAUGUCCAUGAAGAACUGGAUGACAUGAAGCUGGCCAACUCCUAUCGCAAACAAGUACUGCCUGUGUCUGAAGAGUCAAAGGCACUGGGAUCACAGAGUCAGCACACUAGAGCAAAGAAAGAUCAGCAAAACUUAGAAACCAAAUUUCGACUCUAUAGAGAUACAACUGAAGAAAGCUGUGAGAUUUUUUUUAAUCAGUUGGAGACUCUUGGCAAAUGCAGUUUCAAUGCCUCUCUUCCUCUGGUGAUGAUAGUCCAUGGCUGGUCGGUGGAUGGAAUAUUAGAAGGUUGGAUUUGGAAAAUGGCAGCAGCUCUGAAGUCUCAGCAUAAAGAAAUUAAUGUGAUCAUUGCAGACUGGCUUACACUUGCUCACCAGCACUAUCCCAUUGCUGUACAGAAUACACGCUACGUAGGACAGGAGAUAGCAAACUUCCUGGAAUGGCUGGAGGAGUCCAUUCAAUUUUCCAGAAGAAAUGCUCAUCUAAUUGGGUACAGCCUAGGAGCUCAUGUUUCAGGAUUUGCUGGAAGUUUUAUCAGUGGUACAAAAAAGAUUGGAAGAAUUACAGGCCUUGACCCUGCUGGUCCCUUGUUUGAAGGAAUGUCACCAACAGACCGUUUAUCUCCAGAUGAUGCAAACUUUGUAGAUGCAAUUCAUACAUUCACUAAGCAGCACAUGGGUCUCAGUGUUGGCAUCAAGCAGCCUGUGGCUCAUUUUGACUUCUAUCCCAAUGGAGGCACCUUUCAGCCUGGCUGCCACGUCAUACACGUGUACAACCACAUCGCACAGUACGGAAUCAGUGGCAUCACUCAAACUGUAAAAUGUGCCCAUGAGAGGUCAGUUCAUUUGUUCAUCGACUCUCUGCUUCACAAGGAUAAGCAAAGCACAGCAUACUGGUGCAAUGACAUCAACACGUUCAACAAAGGACUGUGCCUCAGCUGUCGAAAGAACCGGUGCAACACACUGGGAUACAACAUCAGGGAGGAAAGGCUCCCAAAAAGUAGACGACUCUUCUUGAAAACAAGAGCACAGAUGCCUUUCAAAGUUUACCAUUACCAGUUCAAGAUCCACUUCAUCAAUGAAAUCGAAGGCAAGGAGAUAGACCCAACUUUCACCAUCUCUCUGACUGGCACUAAGAAAGAUGCUAAAAACCUGCCCAUCACACUAUUUGAAGGUAUUAAUGGAAAUAAAACCCACUCCUUUCUCAUCACCUUGGACACUGAUAUUGGUGAGCUAAUAAUGAUCAAGUUCAAAUGGGAAGGAACUGCAGUUUGGGAAAAUAUCUGGGACACAGUUCAAACCAUAAUACCAUGGACAAAAGGCACCCGUCGACCAGGACUUAUAGUGAAGACAAUAAGAGUGAAAGCAGGGGAAACACAACAGAAACUGACAUUUUGCUCUCAAAGCAUUGACAACCUUCAUCUUCAUCCAGCCCAAGAGAAAACAUUUGUGAGGUGUGAAGACCAAUUUCAGAAACAAAACAGAAAAUGA